UUUCAAAGUGGGCUGUGGGUGUAGUGGCCAGGCUAGACGAGAUUAAAUACCAGCCAGACCCUCUUCAUUCCUUGAUCAAGAUCACUGGCUCAGGGUGAGGAUAGACACCAGAGAACUAUGCUCUACAUCCAGGCAACCCUGCUGGUGGCCCUGAUCUUGGGCAGUUCUCUUCCAUUCACUCAAGCAGGCCCCUAUGGUGUAAACAUGGAAAGCAGCAUUUGUUGCAAGGACUUCGUUUCGUUUCCCCUGCCUUUGAAGGUUCUGACCCGUUUCUUCUUCACUUCCAACAACUGCCGGAAACAUGGAGUGAUCCUGCUAACAAUGAAAAAUCGUCAGAUCUGUGCAGACCCUCAGAAGGCCUGGGUGAAGCAUGCCAUCAUGGCUCUCAAAAAGAAACACUGAGAAGAGGUCCAGCCUCGCUAUGGAAGCACUGAAUGUCUCUCUUUCCAGACGUUCCUAGAUGCCUCCUCCUUGAUCUCCAUUCUUUAUGGGCGAUCGAUAUCAAUAGUUACUGUGUGCAGUGUUGGGCCAUGCCCAGAAGAAAUAAGGCUAAGGUCUGCAGUACCCACCCAACCAGUCUGAUUUCAAUUUUAAAGUGUGCCAAAUACAUGACAUUUCCCACUA